AUGGCGACCCAGUUCCCCUUCACCCACUCAGUCUCUGCUUUGCCUGGCGCUGAGACCCUCACCAUCGUGCCUCCCGGGCCUGCCUGCCCACCCAAUGCGAACACACUGAACUUUAAUGUCAUCGGCAGCUGCGACAAGUUCUUCAUCGACGAUACCCACACCGUAAUCUUCCUCUCCAUUGCCCCGCGCAUCAUCCUCGUGUUCGAAAUCGAGCUAGUUGAUGGUCUCUGGGCAAUUAACAGCGCCAGACCACUCGAUGUCGCGCUUUUCGUCCGCGGACGCAACACAAUGCCUAGCUCCACGCCUCAUUGGCAGAAGUAUCCCCAGCGCGCACAGAACAUCCACCUGGUCUCGGCACUUACUCCCCAAGUCAUCACGUCGAUAAAGACCAUAUUGGGCGGCCCCCCUUCUCCGAACUCGCCAGAGACACGCGGUAUCCGAUUCACCGGUGAGCCCAAAGGAAUACCUUCGGUUAUCCUGCUCGAUAUGGACACAUGGGAGAUGGUGCCUGCGCGCUACAGCCGCUUAGGCAGCUGGGACCGUGACGGAGGCGGCCUUGUCGAGUCUAAAACGAUCCAAGGGGGCCCACAAAUCGAGACACGGAUGUACUUCCAUUGA